GCUGGGGUGGGACUGAGAUACGGGAGGGAGGUGUGCCCCUUGCCGGGGAAGGGAGCAGCUUGGGGCUGGCCCUGAGGGGCGGCUCUCCUCGCCCUCUCGUCCCCCUCCCCGCUAUGGAUGUGUCUCCCUGAGGGGAGGAGGAAAAGGAGCGCAGACGGGUUGUGUGUAUUGAGUACUCGCAGGGCUGGGGAUGAGGGGAUUCCCAGGGCAGUGUGUAAAUGCCUUUACCUCUUUCUAACCAUUGUAACUUUAGCGCUGAGUGUAGUUAGAAAGGGAUUCCUGAGGCAGCGGCGGGAGACUGGUGUGUUAAGCUGAAGGCUUCUCGCAUCGCUGUGUGAUGCGUAUCUCGGUAGGGUGAGUUUGGGUGGAGGUUCCUCCCGGAGCAGUGAGAGACUUGGGGUCGCUAUGGAUUUGUGUUCGGAGCCGUCUGACCCUCGCCUGCGCGCCCGGAGCAGAGCGGGUGGGUGCGGGAAAUACCUGGGCUAGAAUGGCCCCGUCUGCCAUUCAUCUGGGUUUAUCUGAUAGCGAGGCGGUUCCAAACACCCUGCCAUCUGCAUUUUCCUCCUGAUCAUCCUGUAGCCUCGGGAUUCCUACUGGCUUCUGUUGGUGAGAACACUGUACUAGGAUGUGACUUAAAAUGACUUCUGAUUCUGAAGGUCCUCUGAAAAAUAAGCUGUGCUUGAAAGUUUGCUAAGGACAAUUGCUGAUGCAUGGUCAAGAUGAGUGGAUUAGGAGAAAACUCCUUGGAUAGCUUGACCAAUGAGUCAAGGAAGCGCAAGCAAUUACCUUGUGAUACACCAGGUGCAAGCCUGACCUGCAGCAGUGAGAAGCGUCGGCGCGAGCAGGAAAGCAAAUACAUUGAAGAACUGGCUGAACUCAUAUCUGCUAAUCUGAGUGACAUUGACAAUUUCAAUGUUAAACCAGACAAAUGUGCUAUUUUAAAAGAAACCGUGAGACAGAUUCGACAGAUAAAAGAGCAAGGAAAAGCAGUUUCUAAUGAUGAUGAUGUUCAGAAAGCUGAUGUAUCCUCUACGGGUCAAGGAGUUAUUGAUAAGGAUUCAUUGGGACCUCUUUUAUUACAGGCAUUGGAUGGCUUCCUGUUUGUUGUAAAUCGAGAUGGGAAUAUAGUAUUUGUGUCAGAAAACGUCACACAGUAUCUGCAAUACAAACAAGAAGAUUUGGUUAAUACAAGUGUCUAUGGUAUCUUGCAUGAAGAGGACCGGAAGGACUUUCUUAAAAACUUACCUAAAUCUUCAGUUAAUGGAGUUGCUUGGACCAAUGAAACACCCAGACAGAAGAGUCAUACCUUCAAUUGCCGAAUGAUGAUGAAAACCUCUCAUGAUCUUUUGGAAGACAUAGGCAGCCACCAGGACAUACGUCAAAGAUAUGAAACAAUGCAGUGUUUUGCUUUAUCUCAGCCAAGAGCUAUGAUGGAAGAGGGGGAAGAUUUGCAGUCCUGUAUGAUUUGUGUGGCACGUCGUAUCACAACUGCAGAAAGGGUGUUUCCAACAAAUCCAGAGAGCUUUAUUACAAGACAUGAUCUUUCAGGCAAACUUGUCAACAUUGAUACAAACUCAUUGCGGUCUUCCAUGAGACCUGGCUUUGAAGAUAUAAUCCGUAGGUGUAUUCAGAGGUUCCUGUGCCAUAAUGAUGGACAGUCUUGGUCAAACAAACGCCACUACCAUGAAGCUUACACACAAGGUCAUGCUGAAACACCGCUGUAUCGGUUUUCUUUAGCAGAUGGCACUAUAGUGACAGCACAGACAAAAAGUAAACUAUUUCGAAACCCUGUAACUAACGACCGCCAUGGAUUUGUCUCUACCCACUUUCUUCAAAGAGAACAAAAUGGAUAUCGGCCAAAUCCUAAUUCAGUUGGGCAAAAUGUCAGAACACCUGUGGCUGGAAACACGAAUUCUGUUGGUGGUCUUAUGAACAUGUCACCUGGCCAAGGCAUGCCAGUGCAGAGCAGGAGCUAUGGUAUGGGAGAUCCCAGUGCUGUGGGUCAGCUCAACAACACUCGAUAUGGAGGCCCUGGUAAUAUGGUGCCUGGGAACUCUGGACCCGGACUGCAGUCCUCAGCUUACCAGAACAACAGUUACGGCUUAAAUAUAAGUAGCCCACCACAUGGUAGUCCUGGUUUAACUUCCAACCAACAGAACCUAAUGAUAUCUCCUAGGAAUCGAGGGAGUCCAAAAAUGAGUUCACACCAAUUUUCUCCAGUUACAGGUAUGCACUCUCCAAUGGGAUCUGCCAGCAACACCGGCACCAGCACUUUCUCCAGCAGUUCUCUUAGUGCUCUUCAAGCCAUUAGUGAGGGUGUUGGAAAUUCUCUUUUAUCAACGCUGUCUUCACCGGGUCCAAAAUUGGAUAAUUCCCCAAACAUGAGCAUCGCUCCGCAAAGUAAAACAAGCACCCAGGACUCCAAAAGCCCUUCUGGUUUGUACUGUGAACAAAACCAAGUGGAAAGUUCCAUCUGCCAGUCAAACAGCAGGGAUCUCCUUAGUGAAAAAGAUAGUAAAGAGGGAAAUCUGGAGGCAUCUGAAAGUCAAAGAGGACCAUCUGAAAGCAAAGGGCAUAAAAAACUGCUUCAGCUUCUCACGUGCUCCUCAGAGGAAAGAGGGCAUUCUACAGCAUCAAACUCCCCUUUAGACUCAAACUGUAAAGAAUCUUCUACCAGUGUUACCAGUCCUUCAGGAGUUUCUUCAUCAACAUCUGGAGGGGUGUCUUCCUCCUCAAACAUGCAUACAUCCCUCCUGCAGGAGAAGCAUCGGAUUUUGCAUAAACUGUUGCAGAAUGGUAAUUCUCCUGCAGAAGUAGCCAAGAUUACAGCUGAAGCUACUGGUAAAGACACGUAUCAUGAUACUAGUAAUACAGGCCCCUGUGGAGAAGGCACUGUCAAACAGGAGCAACUGAGCCCAAAGAAGAAGGAAAACAACGCUUUACUAAGAUACCUGUUAGAUAAAGAUGAUGUUAAAGAUCCACUUUCCAAGGAGUUGAAGCCUAAAGUAGAAAAUGUGGAUAAUAAAAUGGGACAAUGCAGUAGUUCUACAAUUCCUACUUCUAGUCAAGAAAAAGAGACAAAAAUAAAAGCAGAACCAGUGGAGGAGAUGAACGGAGACUUGGAUAAUUUGGAUGCAAUUCUAGGUGAUCUGACUAGUUCAGAGUUUUACAAUAAUGCCAUGUCUGCAAAUGGAACUAACCUUGGAACAAAGCAAGCCUUAUUUCAAGGAAAUGCCUCAUUGGGUAUGAGGAGUCCCCAGGCUAUGCAGGCCACCCGCCCGCCUUUCAGCAGAGCCAUGUCUUUAGACAGUCCUGUGGGCUCCAGUGUUCCAGCGAGGAACAUCAAUGCAUUCUCCAUGUUACAAAAGCAAAAUUUGAUGGGUGGAAGUCCAAGAAUGAUGGAAAACCAGGAAAAUUUUGGAGCAAAUAUGGUAAGUGCUCCUAAUAGGAAUGUAGUGAUGAAUCAGCAUCAGUCAGGAGACUGGGGUUUGCCAAACUCGAAGGUGAACAGAUUGGACCCUACAAAUUCUGCUUCGAUGUUGAGAGCAGGACCUGAGUUCAGCACGGCCCUUCCCAGACCCACGAUGGGUGCCUCUAUGCCGGGGCUGCCUGUUCGCUCCAACAGUGUGCCUGGCACAAGACCAAUGCUGCAGCAGCAAAUGAUUCACAUGCGGCCAAAUGAGAUGAAUGUUGGCAUGGGGGGGAAUCCAUAUGGACAGCCAGGACCAUCUAACCAACCAGGAGCAUGGCCCGACAGCAUGCUUUCCAUGGAGCAAGCAUCGCGGGGUUCACAAAACAGACAAUUGGUUAGGAGCUCUUUGGAUGACCUCUUAUGUCCGGCACCAAAUAUGGAAGGCCAGAAUGAUGAAAGGGCACUUCUGGAUCAGCUGCACACCUUGCUGAGUAACACGGAUGUCACGGGGCUGGAAGAAAUUGACAGAGCUUUAGGAAUUCCUGAUCUUGUAAACCAAGGACAAGCUUUGGAACCCAAACAAGAUUCAUUUCAAGGUCAGGAAUCUUCAGUUAUGAUUGACCAGAAGCCUUCGUUGUAUGGUCAGCCCUAUCAAGGGCAAGGGGCAGCAAUGCCAGGAGGUUUUAGUAACAUUCAGGGACAACAGCCAUCCUUUAAUUCAGUGAUGAAUCAGAUGAGCCAGCAGAGCAAUUUUCCACUCCAAAGUAUGCAUCCUAGAGCAAACGUGAUGAGACCUCGAACCAAUACCCCAAAGCAGCUCCGCAUGCAGCUCCAGCAGAGGCUUCAGGGGCAGCAGUUUAUGAAUCAGACCCGUCAAGCGCUUGAAAUGAAAAUGGAAAACCCAGUCAGUGGUAGUACCUCAGUGAUGAGACCAGUUAUGCAGCCACAGGUGGGGUCACAGCAGCAAGGUUUUCUGAAUGCUCAAAUGGUGGCUCAGCGUAACAGGGAGCUAAUAAGUCAUCAUUUUAGACAACAGAGGAUGGCAAUGAUGAUGCAGCAGCAACAGCAGCCUCAGGCCUUUAGUCCACCGCCAAAUGUGACUGCCUCAGGAAGCAUGGACAGUGCUUUGACGGGCCCACCAAUGCCUCAAGUUCCUUCACAGCAAUUCCCCUAUCCACCUAAUUACGGGAUGAGCCAACAACCUGAUCCUGCAUUUACCAGAGUAUCAAGCCCUCCCAACCCAAUGAUGUCAUCAAGGAUGGGACCCUCCCAAAAUCCCAUGAUGCAGCAUCCUCAGACAGCAGCAAUGUACCAGUCCCCUGAGAUGAAAGGCUGGCCAUCAGGAAGCAUGGCCAGGAGCAGUUCUUUCCCCCAGCAGCAGUUCAGCCAUCAGGCCAAUCCAGCAGCAUAUGGCAUGAUGCACAUGAAUGGCAGCAGCGGCCAUAUGGGACAGAUGAAUAUUAAUACCAUGCCCAUGUCAGGGAUGCCUAUGGGUCCAGACCAGAAAUACUGCUGACACCUAUAACCAACCAUCUCUUCACACAAGAAUGCGCUGUAUUAAUGACGCACUAGUAUUACAAAGCAAAGCUACGCAUUCUUCACAGCAACUAACCCUGGCCUUAUGGAAACAAGUGGGUUUUCCUGUUUAUCACCACGAUGUCAUAAGUUAGUUCACUCAAGGGACAAAAGAACCCAAGGCAAAAAAAAAACCAACAACCCUACAAAAAAA